AUGUAAGAUAAAUUUGCCGAAGACAUACUAAAAAAAUCAAAGCAGCACUUGACGUUUAAGCAAAAAAUGAUUGAAAAAUUGACUCUAGCUUUCGAUAAUUUGUACUACAAUAAUGAGAUGAAUAAAAACGUAUAUGCUAUACUGAUGAUAGCAGAAUCAAUUAUAGUCAUCUUCCUCAUGCUUGAUUUGUCAUAAUCGGACGAUAUCAUGUGGUAUAUAUUUUUCGUUGAUGUUAAUCCACUUUAUUUUGUUACUGAGGUUAAUAAAAAGAGCAAAGCCUAUUGA